CUGCCGGAAGGGCCCCGCGCCGCUUUAUGAUUGGUCGCGGACCGGCGCCGAUCCUUUUCUCUUCCGGUCGCUGGAGCCGCGGUCGCAGCCAUGAAUGACACAGUGACCAUCAGAACCAGGAAGUUCAUGACCAACAGACUUCUGCAGCGCAAGCAGAUGGUGAUUGAUGUUCUUCAUCCUGGGAAGGCCACAGUCCCCAAAACAGAAAUCAGGGAAAAGCUGGCAAAAAUGUACAAGACAACCCCUGAUGUAAUUUUCGUCUUUGGCUUCAGAACUCAUUUUGGUGGUGGCAAGACAACUGGUUUUGGCAUGAUCUAUGAUUCCCUGGACUAUGCAAAGAAAAACGAACCAAAGCACAGGCUUGCCAGGCACGGCUUGUAUGAAAAGAAAAAGACUUCCAGGAAGCAGCGAAAAGAGCGUAAGAACAGAAUGAAGAAAGUCAGGGGCACAGCCAAGGCAAAUGUUGGUGCUGGCAAGAAGAAGGUAAACUGUGUGUUGUAUAGCUUGUCAUCAGCUCAGUAGCUUAGUUUUGCUCCUCACUGCUGCCAGCCUAGCUGAUUUGACAUGAAACUAUGCUUCCUAAAUUACUGUUUCCUGUGUGUCACUGUUAAACUUCGUAAAUCUAACAGUGUUGCUCUAAUCACAUAACUCAAUCUCGCAGUACACACACUAGAUAAUCUUAACACUUGUUACUCAGGCUGCCUAAACCCCUAAUGCUUACUCCACCUGUUACUGUUGGUAUGGUGUUCCUCACCAAGGUAAGUUUGUAAGGAUGUGUGGUGUAGGCAGUGAGGACAAUGUGUAAAUAAAAAUAAGGUAGAAUGCCUUGGGGUUUGAGGGGCUGAUGCCCAAGGUAGUGGAGUCUUCCUCUGGUGGUACUAGACUGAUGGAGCCCUCCUGGGCUGUGACUACAACCUGGUAUAGGCAGGUUAGAGGGAGGCAGAUUUCUCCUGUCCUGAAACAAAACCAAAGCUCAGGAAUAGGUUGGGUGGGAAGCCAGUCACUUUCCUUCACAUCUUCUGAUGGAAAUUGAAUAAGCUGUGCAGGCAAGUGGGUUUUUUUUCCAGGUGUUUUAGCAAGGGGAAAGAGGGUAAUGGGUUUUGAUGCUUAGUUCUGUAGCUGUAAA